UUGCACUCCCAAUUUUAGUCGUGCGCAUACCACGUUCGCGAGUACUGCAUCUGGAUAUCCUCGCUUUCAAGCCAUUGAUGGUGCCAAAUCGUCCUGACGUGUGAGGUGAUUCUCAUAGUGAAAUUAUUUAUGUGGGUCAUCGUUUGCUACGUAUCUACAACUACCACUACUUACUAUACAACUCUCCCAAGAGUGGAAAAAUACAAUUUUUAAAAUACCAGUCUCCUUCAAAUCUCUCGCCGAAUUAUCAAAAUAAUUUUUUCAAGUUAUAGCAAAUCAAUAGUGUGGUUGCUAUCAUUUUAUGUGUUGUUUCGAAGUUUACUUGUAGCAUUCACCAGUGAUCCAAAUAUUCGCCAACAAUGAAUAUCAUGCACCGCUAAUUAUAAACGUGGUGGAACACGGAUAGUGCAUUUCGGUGAGCAACGACCAAUGCUUCCAUAGAUAGGUGGUGAACAAAAAAGAGUUUUGUGUAGGUGCUGCUCUAUCUAAUAUCGGGACGUGGCGCGGAAUAAUUGGCUACAUAAUAAUAAUAGAGAGUAGCGCGCGGUUUGUGGCGUGAGUGCUGUGUGGUCGCUCGGUGUGGUGAGUGCGUGAGUGCGUGUGUGAUGUGACGUCACACGUGUGAUGGUGGCGACGUGUGGCAGUCAUGCUGGAACGUGUGGCGUGGUCUGCUGACAAUGUGGAUAUGCCUGCUCGGCCUCUUCAUGUUCAUGCUGAGCACGUCGCCUGCCCUCGCUGGACCGCGUUACAGCUCACGGAUUGUCGAAACAGAGUCCGGUGCUAUCAGAGGGGUGAUACUGGAACUGAACUCACGCUACCUGGAGCCAGUGGAGGCGUUUCUAGGGGUUCCAUACGCGGCCGCGCCGGUCGGCGAGAGACGGUUCGCGUGGGCGGGCAGACCGCGACCAUGGAAGGGUACACGACUUGCCGACACUCUGCCGACCGUCUGUCCGCAGCGACCGCCCGACCUGUCGAAUCGCACCGCCUUGCUGCAGACAAUGCCGCGUGGGCGGCUCACCCUCCUCUCACAGCUGGUGCCUCUCCUAGCCAACUACAGCGAAGACUGUCUCCACAUGAAUAUCUACAUGCCAGCCACAGGAAGCCGGGGAGCGGAAGCGCCGUACGCGAUUCUGGUGUUUGUGCACGGCGAGUCGUUCGAAUGGAACGCGGGAAAUCCGUACGACGGCAGCGUGUUAGCCAGCCACGGCCACAUCAUUGUAGUCACUGUCAAUUAUCGUCUAGGAAUUUUAGGUUACCUACAGAAGGAGCAGGAGGAGAAGAGCCUAGCUCAGAGCGACGUGGAGGCAGCCCUUCGUUGGAUCAAGCACAACAUGGCGCGCUUCGGGGGGGACCCCACGCGCAUCACGCUCAUGGGCCACGGUCCGGGGGCAGUGCUCGCCAACCUCCUCCUCCUCUCCGCCUCCUCCAAAGAUCUGUUCAAUCGAGCGAUACUUCUUUCGGGCACAGUGCUGAGUCCAUGGGCGUUGGCCCAACAACCAGACCAGCUGAAGAGGACGAUAGCUCUGCAGCUGGGCUGUCCCCUCAGCAACCAACAGCUGUUCGCCUGCCUCAAGCAUUUGUCACUGGAAGCGCUACUGUCGGCCCGCACACGUCCGCCACGCUUUCUCUCCAGCUACGCGCCCUGGAUGAAGGUCGACCCGCUCACCGUGCUCAACGAGUCACCCGAAAAUUUCUACACCACAGACUUAUUGAUAGGCACCACCACCACCGAGAGCUAUUUGGAUUUCAGUGCUCAUGACAUAGAGUUUGGUUUCGAGGAAGACCAGCGAAAUCGGAUACUGAGAACUUACGUGAGAAACGCCUACAUCUACCACCUGAACGAGAUAUUCUCGACAGUGCGAAACGAGUACACGGACUGGGAGAAGCCGAUAGUGCACCCGAUCAACAUCCGCGACGCAACCCUCGAGGCACUGAGCGACGGACACACUGUCUCACCGCUCGUCAAGACGGCUCAGCUGCAUGCGAGGCACGGCUCCAGGACCUACUUGUUCCACUUCGGCUAUCAGACCAAGGAGACAGAGUUCUUACAAAGGCUUGGCAGCGUACGAGGAGACGAGCUACCCUACAUGUUCGGUCAUCCGUUUGUGCUUGGAAUGCCUCAUUUUCCGAUGAACUACACACGGCAAGACCUGGCUGUGUCGGAAAUGUUGAUGACCUAUUUAUGCAACUACAUAAAAACUGGAAAUCCUAAUGAACGCCAAGCCGGUGAGGACAAAACAAGGCAUAGACAAUCUUUGUACUGGGAAGCCUUCACGCCUUCAACCCAAUUCUAUCUGAAUGUUGCUCAAAAACCGAGAUUGAAGAGUCACUACCGGGGACAUCGCAUGGCUAUCUGGCUGAAUUUGAUACCACAGCUUCAUCAACCGGGCGACGGUGACGUCAGCAUGAGGCAUCAUCACUUCCAUGAAAGGGAGAGCUAUUACUAUUCUGGAGUGGUGCGAGCCGAAUCGUUCACGCGCUCCCCGCCUGCCCAGUCACCGGGGAAACCGUCGGACGAGGACGUGAUGCUGUUGGAGUGCAGCGAUAACGGGACGGCACCGCUGCUGAGCGGCGACAGAGAGGGUGACGUGGGUGAUGACGAAGAGGGUCAAGCCCUGCUCAGGAAGAGUCAGGCGGCCGCUCUGGGUCUCACUCUAGCCGUCGGCUUCCUCCUCCUGCUCCUCAACGUGCUAGUGUUCGCGUUUCUCUACUGCCAGCACGAUAAGCGGCGUCAGAAGAAAGCCGGACGCCUAAAGAAAAGUGCCGCCUCCAUGGAAACGCCUCCACCCCCGCCACCACCGCCACCGCCCCCACGACCCAUGACCCAGAACCCCAUUCAUCCGCUCGGAGGCGGCACUGUCAAAAAACGCUUCCAAAUACAGGAGAUAUCGGUGUAGUUCGUGAACCCUUUUAAAAACGACACAUUCUGGUAAGCUACUCAAAUACAACUGUCCUAUCGGGCCUUUACGAAUUUUCAGAGCUCUGUAUGAGACUUUUUUAACGCAACAUUCUGUGUAAGCUACUCAAAUACAGGGUCGUAUCAGAUCAGCCUAUUGGAAUUUUCAGAGAUGUAUAUUACUUACUGGAUAAGACUCUUUUCAACGAAACAUUCUGUGCUAGCUACUUUUAAUAAGGGAUUUGUAACAGUGUCUGGCCUAUCCGAGUUUCUCAAGAUACAAGAGAAAUUUGUAUUCAAACGUAACAUCCUGUGUAAGUUUCUCAAAUUUGAUAGUUGUAUCAGUGUCAUGCCUGUAAGAGUUUCCAGAGGUAUGAAAGAGAUGUGUAUGAUACUUUUUUAAAAUAAAACAUUCUGUGUAAGCUAUCCAAAUGAUAUGGGAGUUGUGCUGAUGUCAGGCCUAUCGUGGAUGAUUAUAGGAUAAAUAUGUAAAGAUUCUUCAAGAAUGAAACAUUCUCUGUGAGGCUCUCGAAUUUGUAUUACCGAAGUCUGUCUCUGGAUAGUGUAUCAAGGUCCAAGUUAUUCAAAGUUUCUGGAAUAAAAGUGUCAAGUUCAAGAUAUUCUCAUAGAAAAAGGGAAAUUCUGUGUAGGCUACAUAAAUAAAGAGAUUUUCAUAGAGAAUGAUAAAUUUCAUGUAGGCUACACAAAUAAAGAAAUAUUCGUAGAUAAUGAGAAAUUCUGUUUAGGCUACACAAAAAAAGUUGUCGUUUCAAAAUCAAAUCUAUAAUUUCCAGUAAAUCUCUAUAAUUUCAUCGCAGACAAAUAAGUAAUGUCUAUGUAGUUUCUAAAAAUUAAUAUGUAAUGAUUCCUCUUAGAACGAAGAUGACCAUGUAAACUGCGGUAUUCGUGUGAGAGAAAAGUUGCAUCAGGUUCUAUCCAAAAAUUCAGAAGGAUGCAGUUAUAAUAUAAAAGUAUGGUUAAUCAGAUUCACAAGAACGGCAUUCAACGAAAACUACUUGAAUGAGAGAGUGAUAUUAUAUCAGGGUCAUAAUUCAUUCAAAUUCCCAGUGAUAUUUAUAGGAAUAGUUUAAAUGGGGAUCUUCUAGAAGGAAGCAUUCUGCGUGAACUACUCAUAGUUGAUUCAGAGUCAGGCUCUAGAAUUGCCAGGGAUAUUAUAUUGAUGUCAUGUGUAUGGGACCCUUUUGAAAAAAUAUUCUUUGUAAGAUACUCGAAUACAAUAUUAUGGAUAUUGUAUUUUAAUCAGGCCUAAUCGAAUGUUUAUAAUUCAUGAGAUCUUUUCAACUUGAAUUUCCAGGAAAAGACAUUGAUUCGUUCAAGGAACAGCUUUCUAAUAGAAAUAUUUCUAGUUUAUAUCAUCCAUUCUUAUUCCAUGAGAUCAAUCAGAUACAAAACAAAUACAGUAAUUCAUUAGAAAAUAAAUUCACUCAAGUCAAUCACAUUGGUUGGUAUCUCAUUCCGUAGCAUUUUUUGUCAUGUAUCUGUAAGGACUGAGAAUUGUAUCAGCUUCUUAGAUACAUAUUUUUCGUUGAUGUUUUGUACAGCAUGGGAAUACAAAUAACAUUUCUAUGAACUCAUUAAAUUUCUAUAACGAGAUAUUGUUUAAAGAUUCAUUCUGUAAUCAAGUAUUGUUUGAAGAUUAAUCUUGCAAUCGAGUAUAUGAACAGAGCGAUAGACUGACUAAAUAAAAUGUUCCAUAUCGCAUUCAAAAUAAUGAGUAAUUAUUACAAACAAACAUGCAAAUCAGCUUUUGCUGGAAUUGGAACCAGAAACCUAGCAAGUUCCUUCUACAGCGCUCCAUGAUAACAUAAUUUCAAGAUUGAUUACUUAUCUCAUCAAGAAAUAUUCAAGAGUGUGGGUGAUGGUAUUUGAUCUGUAAUUAGUUUGUUGACUUGCAGUAUAAACUUCAGAAACUCGAAUCGUAAAGUUUGAACCAGGCUUCAGGGUAGUUAUGCUUUGCUUCCACUUACUUUAGAGUAAUCGAUAAAUAUUUGUCAACUGAACCUACCGAGAGGAGAACUAGCAAGCAAAUUCCAUUUCUAAUUUCGAUAAGUGAUUACUUUGCCAUAGAAUGGAUUACAUGUGAGGUGAUGAGAGAAUUGAUUCAAUUUGAAAAGGUCAGUUUAUUUCUCAUUAGAAUCGUCUUUCCGUACUCGUCUGAGCAAAUUGAUCUGAUGGUGAUAAAAAUUGAAUUUUGGUUGAAAUAUCUCUUAUCGGAAUAAUGCUAUAAUGUGUCAAUAAAUAUGAAUUUAUCAAGAAAAUGUGAUCAAUCAGAAUUUAUCAUUCCAUCAAACAUAUAUUCAAUAAAUUCCAAUAAACAUUAAAUGGAACAUCACUUGAAUUUUGAAAACUUUUUCCAAUUAUCCAAUGAAUUCGAGAUGUACAAUGGAAAUUUCUUCUUGUGAUGAUGAAUUGAGUUCCUUGAAAAAUUAAUCUCUUAACAACUACAUUGACAACUUCUAGAAUUUCUUAACUGCUAGGACUGAGAUUUUGUGUCUUUAAGAUAGAAGAGAUUGAGAAUUUUGUGAAAGCACUAGACUUUUUUGAAGUAUGAAAACAAAAUAUAAGACAUUAUUCCUCAGAGAUUUCCUGUAUUUCAUUGUUGAGAAAUGUGUUGUAUGCUGGAGAAGAUCAUUCAUCAAUAAUCAUUCGGAAUAAUCAUUGUUCUUACACGCAUUCAAGGUGGAAGUCAGUGAGAUACAUUGUAUCAUACGAACCAAUCAUUUUGUAAAUUGAAGUAAAUAUUUGAAUGUACUCUUUUGAAAAAUAUGAUCUGAAAUUCUGUAACCGAACUCUUGUAAAUACCAAUCCAACAACUAGCUCAAAUAUCAUGCAAUCUUGAUCCAUUUGUGAAAAUAUUCCACUGUAUUCUACUCAAGAGUCUCUUAUAUCCGUGUUCCAUCUUGAUAAAUCUUGAAACUUAUGGUGUACAGUAGAUAGAUAACUAAUCAAUAAUUGAUAUUUUUAUAGUAAAUUGAAAAUAUUUGUCAAAAAAAUCAACGUUGGAAGUUGAAUAAACGUUUUCUUCAUA